GAUUGGGAAAUUGUGGAGUGAAGUUGCAGCGUCCGUUGGUGGGAAUGCGCCCCCAAUUCCUGCCCAUGAUGGCCUCUCUGGUGGCGUGCCUGUUCAACGUCUCCGUCGACGCACAAUUCAACAUGAGUGAGUACUACAAGAUGCCCAAGCUGUACCUCAUGGACGAUUACGAUCGCUGCCUGGACGAGUACAACGUCUCGACGUACUGCAUCGCAUCCACCAUUAUCAAGCCCAACGCUUCUUCGGCGCUCUGGGAAUUUAUUGAGAGAUUCUCAUCGAAUAGGAAGAAGCAUUUCCGACAUGAUCAUCUUCAGCGCGGCGUUUGCAUGCAUUGGUGCCAGGAUUUGAUAGAUCGCAUAGAUCCUGAGGAGCAACUGACCUACUUUCAGGAGGAAUUCCCCACUGACAACGAGGUCAGGCUGAAUCCGGGGAUCUUCCGCAGGGCGGGUCACUUCAGGAAGCUGUACGAUCAGCUCAUCAACCAGUGCAUCAACCACGAGCUGAUGACUGGCUAUGAUCUCGUGGCGUUCUCGCAAGUUGAGUACUGCGUGAUGAACAACGAGAUUCUGGAUUACGAUUUCCUGGACAUUUGCUUCCUCUUCGUCUUUGUCUCGCUCAUCACCACCGUCCUGGCGUCCACAUUCCUCGACAGGCGCCUCAAGAAGACGCGUCCUGUGGAGGAGCAGACGGCGGAGCACUACAGAUUGCCUCUGCAAGGACCCGUGAACGGUCGCGUGACCUUCUCGCUGCUGCGCAACUGGUAUCGCCUGAUGUCGGGCCCGAAGACGAAUGCAGACAAGGACUUGCGCUGCAUCCACGCCAUGAGAUUCCUCACGAUGUUCUGCGUGAUCAUCGGACACACCAUUCUGUUCCUCAACGUCUUUCCCGUCUUCAAUCCGCAGUAUAUCGAAAUGAAUUACUACAGAUUCAUCACGAUGAUCCUCAUCAACGGUCAUACGGUCAUUCAGACGUACUUCGCCAUCAGUGGCUUUCUGCUGUCUGUGCAGUUCAUGCGCUACAAGGAGGACCAGAAGGACUUCCACAUGUCCUACUUCUUCAAGGCAAUCUUCUACCGCUACGUUCGUCUCACGCCCGUCUACAUCUUCAUGAUCCUCUUUCACGCCACUCUGCUGGUCGACAUGCAGUCCGGACCUCUAUGGAAUCACGUGGCGGAAACGGAAAGGUCCUUCUGCCGCAUGCACUGGUGGACCAAUCUGCUCUACGUCAACAACUACGUACACGUGGAGGAACCCUGCAUGCAGCACGGCUGGUAUCUGGCAACGGAUUUCCAGAUGUUCAUCAUCGGGCUGACGCUGCACAUGAUCAUGUGGCGCUUCCCAAAGUCCACGAAGCUCCUGCUCAGUGCAUCCGUGUUCAUCUCCUAUGUGAUUCCCGGCAUCGUGACGUACAGGAACAAGUUCGAGGGCGUCGUGAUCAUCCGUCCGGAGUCCCAGAAGUACGGAAUGUGGUUCGACGACGUGUACAAGAAGAUCUACAUCCCGACGCACACAAACAGUGGCACUUACUUGGCGGGUAUGGUGGCGGGAUUGCUGUACAAUAAGCUAAAGAAGAAGGACCUGAAUCUCAGGCAGAACAGAGCUUUCAUCUGGGCUUGGUAUGCGAUCAUCCCGACUGGGGCGCUUCUGUUGCUGUCUGCGUACUGGUUCUACGCCUGCACGAUGGAGAAGCCCGCCUUCUGGAUCGCCAUCUACGCGGCGGUGAUGAAGAAUCUCUGGGGCGUUCUCGGAGGAGUCCUGAUCAUCGGCAGCGCCUUUGGAGUUGGCUGGAUCGCACGCGACUUCCUCUGCAACCCAAUCUUUCGUCCUCUCGGAAGAAUCACUUUCUGUGUCUAUCUCUGCCAUCCGUUCAUCCUUCGUGCCACCAUGGGCAAUGUUCGACAGCCUGUCUUUCUCAGUGACUCAACAAUUGUGGUUUAUGUCUCAUCAACUUUGAUUCUGUCGUAUCUCUGCGGUGCCUUGUUAUGCAUAGUGCUUGAGCUUCCCAUAUCAGCCAUCCAGAAGCAAAUGUUGACCAGGAAUAAAGUAGAUCCCGCUUUCAAGGACAACACAAUUGAGUUAGUGCACAACACAUGAGACAUCGAUAUGCGUAAGCAUUUUGCGAAUCUCAAAUUUGUUAAUAAAAUGUAAUAAAAAUUCCAUCGAA